GCUGGGAUGGAACUUUGUGGCAUGUAUUAAGGCAGUGUCGCCCAUACAUACAUAGACUGGCGUGCCCUACCCCGCCCCGCAUUUGCGCUUGUCUUUCCAGGCUUGCUGUGCUGUGGGGAGUUAUCAGACAGACAGUGACCUCUUCGUACUCGAGCAGUGUGCUUAUUCUUCGUUGAAUCCCUAGUCUUCGGAAACGGAGAAACCAUGUCCUCGUCUACGGCAGUCCCCCUUGCGCUUCCGACGUCUGUGCCACUGCUUGCCGGACCACAGCUUCUUGGAGUGUUCUUCAACUGGGGUCUGCUGGGUGUACUGACCGUGCAAUGUUAUGCAUAUCACGAUAAUUUCAAGACCGACCGACUCUCCCUCAAAUCACUUGUGCUCGGCGUGCUCACCUACGAAUGGGUGCAGACUGGGGUCAUCACCGCGGCUGCAAUGCAAAUCUACGUAUACGACUACGGGAACGUGCUCUCGGUGCUCGAGUUCCACAACACCUGGUUCUCCGCGACGAUCAUGUGCGGGCUUAUCUCGGCCGUCGUGCAGACUUAUUUCGCGUGGAGGAUCUUCAAGCUCUCGAGGUCGCGCGUACUAGGCGGGUCAAUGGCUGUGUUCAUCGUUGCGGAGAAAGCUGAAGGCAUCGCUUCCGCGCUUCAUGGCCAGCUGCUAACCGUCUCGAUCCUCUGGCUUGCGGGGGCUGUCGUGGUCGACGUGCUCAUUGCCGUGUGCAUGACCUACCUCCUCCUGAGGAACAAAACUGGGAUCGCAUCUACAGAUGCUAUUAUCAACCGGAUGAUCCGACUGGUGUUUGAGACCGGCACCCUCACUGCAAAUGUCAAACCGUUGCAUGAGACGCUGGUUUACCAGGCUCCCGCUCUGAUCCUCACGAAGAUGUACUCGAAUACACUCCUUACGAAUCUGAACAGUCGCGUGUAUCUACGCAAGUACGACGAGGCUACCGUUGAGCUCCCGCCGAUGAGCGGGCUCCGCUUCGCCAACAGCGGCGCUUUCGCGCUCGACUCUUCUGCGGGCCAGAUGACAACCGCGGAGAUAGCGCAGAAGGGCUUCGCGCUCGUGGGCGCGCUCGAGAGCAGCCGUAGCGCGGGCUUCGUGAUGCACCGGAGGGACGCGGGCGCAGAGAGUGACGACGCGGUGUCCGAGAAGUCGGAGAAGCGAAGACAGAGGCGGAACUCGAUGGUGUAG